AUGGAAAAUUAUCAGGAAAUUGCUUAUGAACCACCAGAAAAUCCCACUGACGAAGAGAUAGCUGAAUACUGCCAGUAUUUAGGAUUAGAUCCUCAAAAAGAUCCUGAUUUACUGUGGAUCGCAAUUGAGGGAAUAAAAGCGCCUCUUCCUGAUGGCUGGAUUUUCUUUCAACAUAAGCAUAAAAACGAAUCUUUCUUCUAUAACAAAUACACUGGAGUUUCUAUAAAUGAGCAUCCUUUAGAUUCUCACUAUUUACAAAAUUUCAAAGAAGAAAAGAAAAAGAAAUACCAAAAUUCCAAAUCAAAGAAGUCUCCAAAUACUAGACAAGAAAAAUCGAUGAUCGUUCCCCCUAAAUCAGAUAAUUUAUAUAACGAAUCACCACAAAAUAAAACCACUAACCAAAUACAAAAGCCUAAAUACAGUGUGUCUGACGAAAUUAUCUCAGAUGAUGAUCUAGAUACUGAAUUACAAAAUUUUGACAUUAACGUAGAUUCAGACGACAAAAUCAAAUCAACAAGCCUAUCAAAAAUUAGUAAACUGAAUCUUUCUCCUGCAAUUGACUCAAGAGAAGAUGCUAAAAAUGAGAACAAAGAAGAAAAGAAAGAUGAACAAGAAGAAAUUAAAGUUUCUUCACUACAGAAUCAGAGCUUAGAUGAAAAUAAGGCUGAUGAUGAGUAUCAAAGUGUAAAAUCAGAUUGCGAACAAAAAAUAAAGGAAAUUAAAAUAAAAAGUCAAAAACAGAUAAAAGAAUUGCUUGAUAAAUGUGAAAAUGAAAAGAAGAAGAUAGAAAAUGAUCACGCAAAUGCAAUGAUAAAGUUAAAACAGAAAAAUCAAAAUGAAAUUGAUGAAUUUAUGAAACAGCAUAAGAAAACGAUAGAAAAUAUGCGUCGUGCCCAUGAAGAGAAGAUAAAAGCAAUAAAAGAAAAAGCUGCUGCUCAUCUACAAGAAGUUUCAAAUGAAAUUCAAAAUCCGCAACCAGAUAAAGCCGAAAACACAAUUGAAGCUGAGAAAAAGAAGCAAGAUCAGAGGUUAAUCAAUCUUAGAGCGCAAUACGAGAAAGAUUUUGCUGCGCAACAGAAAGAAAAUCAAAAUAAACUUCAAGCGCUCAAAAGUGAAUGUGAUAUUGAGAUCAAACGCUAUAAAAGGCAAUUGCAUUUAGAUAAACAGAAGAUAUUUGCUGCCGCUCGUAAAGAUGCCCAAAACAGAGCUGUCAAAGAAUGUAUUUCUUCUUGUAAUAUCGAUACUUUCAAAGUUAUCUCAUUUAAACCACGCCCUGAUCGUCUAAAAGGAAUAUUAAAGCGAUCUGCUCCCUUUGCGUUGAAUUUGGUUGAUGAUGAAUACUAUGGAGAUUUAUCAAUUUCUCCAAAUACCAUUGUUUUCACUCGUUCCUCUACAAUAAAGUCUUCUGGAAGUAGUGAUUCAUUUACAGAGAUUGAACCCUUCAAAGAUAGGAAAGGUGGACAAAUAAGAGGCAAUUUCUUAUCUGAAUCUUCAAUUGAUUCAAGUGAUUCUGAACCUAUAAUAUCACCAUCAUCUAAAGCAGCUUCUAAGAUGAAAAGAGAAGCUAUUAAGACUUCAGAAAGGUUUUCUUCCUCGGCAGAAAAGGCUGUUAUGGCAAUCGGAAACGCAUUUUCAGAAAUUGAAGGUAAAAGUAACCAAUUAAGAACAUUUUGCGCUGAAGAGAAUCGUGGAAUGUCUAAACUUACUAUGGAGUUCCAACAAAAGGCAUUUGAAAUCUCUAAGAUGUUUCAUGAGACUUUAAUUGUAUUGGAAGAUGCUCAUAGAGCCGCAAUGAACAGUGCUACUCAGCCAAGAGAAAUAUAUACACAACCUGUUCAGAAUAUUCAAACCCCUCCACCAAUUAGAACGCGUAGUUCUGGAAGAAGACGCGUAGAAUAUGAUGAUUAUGAUAGUGAUGAUAAUGGAAAGGAAUCUGUAGCUCAAAGAAUGAUGAAAUUGUACCAGAGAGAGCAGCAUUCUGCUAGGAGUGCAUCAAAACGCCUCAAAAGAAAAUUUGCAGAAAUAUUAGUUGAUUCGGAUCAAUAUUCUAAUUAA